CUCUUAAGAACCGUGCAGUUCUCCCGUUCUGAAAAAUGAAGGUAAUCGUAGUCUUCGCGUUAAUCUCCCUCGCAGCUGCUAACGUCGAGUAUUAUACGACAGCAGAUGAUAAUCUGAACAUGGAGGAAGUGGUUGCUGAAAUAGAAAGAUUGCAGCGCUAUGUGGACUGCUUUUUGGACAGAGCGCCUUGUUCGGAACGGACGGCAAGUUACAAAAAAAUAAUUCCCGAGUCUCUUAUGACCAAAUGUGAAAAGUGCAACGAUGCUCAGAAACAUUUGGCACAUGGCUUUCUUCGGGGACUUAAGGCUGCUUUACCUGAAGAAUACAUCAGCUUCAGACUGAAGUACGAUCCCGAAGACAAAUACUUCGACGAUUUUGAAAAAGCGGUUGACGGUUGUCACCAGCCAAAAACCCAAAGGAUGGAUAAUGCACCCUUAGGAGCUUAUAGAGACGACUCAAGAAUUUCAAAAAUGAAGUGGAUUAUCGUGCUUUCGGCUUUGACGGUAUUGGCAAGAGCAAAAGAUCUGUAUUCAACAGAAAAUGAUGAUUUGGAUAUCGAUGGCUUAGUAAAGGAUGUAGGCAGUUUAAAGGCAUUCCUUGGAUGUUUUAACGACAUAGGUACUUGCAAUGCAGAGGCUGCUGACUUUAAAAAAGAUAUGGCGGAAGCAGUUGCUCAAGCCUGUGAGAAAUGCACAGAGGCACAGAAGCACAUUUUCAAAGUGUUCUUGGAAGCAAUCAAGGAGAAGGACCCAGAGGGUUACAAAAUUUUCCAACAAAAAUACGAUCCUCAGAAUAAAUACAUCGCUGCUUUGCAGACUGCCAUCGCGAGUUAUUAAAGACAACGCGGCAAAUACUUUCGAUACACAAGUGUUGUCGUAUUGAAAUAAAAACACAAAUUUAA